ACUUCUCUGGUUACAUGUGUGCAAGCGUUUAAAAAAAACCCACCCCGGCUGGCUUGCUCAGCAGAUUAUAAAAGAGUGAUUUACAAAAUGCGGCUUUCUUCCAGCGCGGCCCGUGCCGUUGUAUUUAUCUGACUGAAGGUCUCAGCUGAUCCCUUCUUAUCUUGUGCAGCCAAGAGGUUUGCAGCAGCAGCAGCAGCCACGGCCAGUACAAUACUUAAGAAGGUUCCUAAAAGGAUGGCAUCCCUCCUGGAGAUGAAGGAGAUCUUCCGCAGCGCCGACGCGGUGUGCUUCGACGUGGACAGCACAGUCAUCAGGGAAGAGGGCAUCGACGAGCUCGCCAAGUUCUGUGGGGUGGGAGACGCCGUCGCAGAGAUGACCCGCAGAGCUAUGGGUGGCAGUGUGACAUUCAAAGCAGCUCUAACAGCACGACUCGGUCUCAUACGUCCUUCCUAUGAGCAAGUGCAGAAAUUAAUAUCUGACAACCCACCUCAGCUAACUCCAGGAAUAAGGGAGCUGGUGAGCAGGCUUCAUCAGCGAGGGGUCCAGGUCUUCCUGGUCUCUGGGGGGUUUCAGAGCAUUGUGGAGCAUGUGGCCUUGCAGCUGAAUAUUCCAACAGCAAACGUCUUUGCCAACAGGCUGAAGUUUUACUUUAAUGGAGAAUAUGCAGGAUUUGAUGAAACACAACCAACAUCUGAAUCAGGGGGGAAAGGAAAGGUUAUUACCCAUCUGAAGGAACAGUUUCACUUUAAGAAAGUAGUUAUGAUUGGAGAUGGAGCUACAGACAUGGAAGCCUGUCCCCCUGCUGACUGCUUCAUUGGAUUUGGAGGCAAUGUAAUCAGAAAGCAAGUAAAGGAGAAAGCCAAAUGGUACAUUACUCACUUUGACGAAUUGCUAAAGGAACUGGAGGAGCGAUAAAUUAUACAGUAAAAUAAUAUAUUUAACAACUGUAAAUCCAUUAUACAAUGCAAUUAAAAACUAUAUUUGUUUGCAAA